AUGCCUAUGCCCGUAGUGUGUUCGGUAUCUCGCCCCUCUCGCUUCUUGCGCAUUCGUUUCGCCCUCGUCUUCUUCUACAACCUACCGCAACUCAUGGCAGGCAACCUCAUGGAUGAAGGCAUUGCAAAGGUGUCGGAUCGGAACUACCAGGUGCGAGUUCUACCCGGGCCGAACGUCUUCACGUGUGACUCCAUCGACCAGGUUUCAGUUCCGGACCUUCUGCAGGGCGUCUGCAGGCCAUUAGACGUCAAAGUCGUCAAGUCAGCCUCUAUCAUCUUUGAUGUUCACCUUGGGAUCUUUGAGUGCGUCAGUGCAAAUGUCAUUGGACAACAUGUUGCCAAAGGAAAUCUAGCGGAACUACCUCCACCGCUCGCCUUUGCCAAUAUCCCGCCCGAAACAAGCAAGGUCGACAUCAUCAUUCACAACACAGGCGCCCUACAGAAAUCCACGUCAACUACAUGGUCGGUCGAGAACGACGAUCUGGCGGAUGGCAUACGGUUCAUCAACACCUUUGCUCCUGAAUGUGAUGCUCUUAACGAGCAAACAUUUUGGAUUCUCGCAAAUAUCAAACCCGACUCGGGUACGCCAGUGGCCGGAUGGCCCGAGGUCAAAGUCAGGGCUAUGUGCCAAAACAAAUCCAGAGGCAUCUCAGGGGCCGCGUCCCACAACGAGUUCCCGCUCAACACUUCCAGCCUGAACUCCGUCCUCGUGGAGACUAUCUUGCCAUUGGUGUACCCUCCUGAGCACAGCGUCGGGAAAACCCCAGCCAUCAUCACAAUGGCCAUGGCCAUUGGCCGCUAUCACAUCCGCCGUCUCGACCUGCAGGGCGUCAAGCCGGGUUGGAGACGGGCGAAGUCUUUGGACAAUUUCAGGCAGCGGUCGCCUCAGAUCCAGGAGGGACUCUUCCUGGACGACCCCUCAGCCCGUCGUCUGGAUAUCGCUGACCUCAAAGCCUUUGUCACGACGGAUGAGGACGGCACUGUGAGUGGCCGUUACAAUGAUGCCCGUCUGACACGCAAUCAAUUCCGGGCCCUAACAUCCAACGACACAGGUGAGGAACCGGUGGGAGUCGGAGCUCAGGACACGACUCUUGAUCCCGACCUUUUCUUCAAGCUCAUCACUCCCCUAUUUGUUGAGCGUGAGCAGGCCAUGAUUGAUGCCCGUGUGGAGUACAUGGGCCACUUCGCUAGUGUGAAGAACUUUGUCGAUGAUUCCAACGACGCACUCCAGUCCUGGCUUCGCCCUGUUCGUGUUCUACCACCCUCGCCGGAUUCGCCUGAGCAGCCUCAGCAACCAAAUGAUCUUCAUUUGUCAAGGCACAUCGGUACAGGACCCAGAGCAAAUCGAGUAGAUCGCGGCUCCUUCGUCAUGCCAGAGGCAAAGUUCCGCCGCGUCCGCGGAAAGUCCAAUCUCGCAUCGUCAUCUUCGCUGGCGCCCCCCCGUCCACAUGAGGAGGACCCCGAUGAGGAAGCAGCCCGUGCCAUGCACGAGGAGUGA